AUGAAUAAAAUCGAAUUUACAGAAAUAAUUUCGGUUUUUCAUGUUCAUCUACCAUUUAAUAUUGAUUCGUGCAAACUCGCAGUUUUGGGAAAUUGUGAAGCUUUAGGUAAUUGGAGGACACCUAAAGUAUGGCUUCGUCAAAUUCCCAAUUCUACUCUUUGGGCAUCUGAUCAUGUGCAUAUUCAUGUCCUAGCAAACUUGGAUGUUGAAUACAAAUAUUGUUUGGUUUCAUCAGAGCGUUUAUUAAAUUUUGAAGGUGAUGAGUUCACAACCAAUAGGAGAAUGGAACUUCGUGGAAAUCUUUACGACGUUUGGAGAGAUAGCAAUAAAUUUAAAAAAGAUCAAUUUUCAUAUAGGGAAGAUUAUGUAUUUACCGAUUAUAUUUACAAGAGUAUAAAAUCAUCCAUUGACUUAAAAAUUGGAAUCAUGGAUUACCAACAUAUUUUAAAAAGGCACAGAGACUUUAGAGAAAUUAACAAAAUAAUCAGUUUCAUUAACCACCAUUUAGAAACAAACAAAACAAAAGAACAAGUAUUAUUUUUGUAUGUUCUCCUUGGUCAUUAUAUAGAAUAUCAAAGUGGCUUUUUAUAUAGAUCUGAUUUACCGGAUAGUUUUCGAUCUGUCACGAUGAUAAAAGAAUUUAAAAACGUUCAUGAUAGUUCUAGCCUACCUUCAAAUACAAAAUUCUUGGUCGUGAGUGCCAUUAGAACUUUGGUUCAGCAUAACUCUAAAUACGGGUCUCUAGACUGGACUACAAUGUUUGCACUUGCGCCUAAGUUUGAUACAUCAUACUCAUUCAUUGAUUCAAUUGAAAUAUAUGAUUAUAAAAGGCUACCCGACAAUUUCAUAAAACUAUUAGAAGUAUUAAAACCUAGCAUUAACGAUCUUAAUAACCUCGAUGCACUAGAUAGAAUAAUGAAUAAACUCAUUAGGAUGUCAUAUGACGUUGAAAGUCUCGCAUAUCUGCAGGAAUGUUUUAAAGAAUUAAAGGAUUGCGACUAUUUCUCAUAUGAAAUUCGUAAAAAACUUUUAGAAUUGCUUAAAGAAAAGAAGCCAUAUUGGAAUGAUAAAAAUGUCGCCUCACUUCGAAAGUUUCUUAAUGAACCUAAUUUGAGGUGGCAUAAUAGAGAAUAUGCCAGUAUACUCGAAGCAAUUGCUGAAUCCGAUCAAAUAAGUCUAUUGGAAUCUUUUCCGGAAAUUUUUAGAUAUAUAUUGGGAUUGAAUUCAACCACAAUUCAAAAGGAACUUGAAAAUACAUCAAUAAAAUGGUUAAUCAAUAUCUGUAAACAAAAAGAAAGCACAGCUUAUAAUAUCUUCUAUUAUCUUUCAAUAAUUUAUUCAACUUCAAUACAUGAUCAAGAUAUUUUAAACAUGUUUAUGAACCAUAACAUCGUGACAUCAUUGUCUGAUGACUCUAUAUUCUCAAUUACAUCAUUUAUUAACGUUACUGACUUUCAUGAAGAUAUAAUAACUCGCUUCAUGUCCUUAUUAAAGUCCAGAGUUAGACCUCUUGUUCAAGAUCCUGAUGAGCGCCUCCUGAAAAUUAUCAUGCGAAUUUGCAAUAGUGAUAGCGAAUCUACCUUAAAUGUUUCAAAUAGCUAUUGUGAAGAAAUUUUAUGCUUUAUACUCAACCUCUUGCAGCAAGUGAAAGAAGUUAAAUAUCAUGAAAUAGAAUCAUUUCAACUUUCGUUAUUCCAGUUCACAACAUUUUGGACGACCAUAUUUAAGGCAAGAGGUGAUAUUCAAGAGCUGCGUUCUCAUACAUAUUUUAAAGAAGCAUGCAAAAUGGUGAUUCGUAUAGCUAUGGAUAUUAUAAAUAAUGAUAUAAAAAUAAGAUUACUUCAAAAAAUAUUUAUUUGCUUUAGUAACAACCAAGCCCUUAAGGAUUAUAUUAAUUCUGCUGUAGGAAAUGAUUCGGAAGAAUUAAUUACAGGUGAAAUUCUAGAAGAAAGUUGUAAUCAAUGUAAUGCAUACAAUUCAACUUUAGAACGUCUCCAAAAAUUUUAUGAAAAAUUCUGUCCUUCUCAGUCAGUAACAGACGUACAAUUGCAUUUUGACGAUUUAACAAAGAGAUCAAUCAAUGCUACACUUAAAGAAUCAUAUAUCAAAAAUCACUGGUCAAUGCACUCCGUAACGAUUGAAAUUAUGAAAGAUUACUAUCCAUUUAUUGAUUCACAAACCUUCUACAACAUCUUUCAAAUUGAAUUGACAGAAGAAUUGACGGUUAAACAAGUAAUGAAUAAUAUUUUCAAUAAGGCCGUUGAAAGUUAUCAGAUUAAAUGUAAAGAAUAUGAUGAAGAGAAAGAAAUUAAAUGUACAGUUGCAAUUGAAUUUUGGAAAAAUGUAAAUACAGAACAUGUUGAAAAAGAAAUUAAUUUCAUGACUCCUUACUUUGACAAAUUAAAGUCAAAUAAUAAUCCUGGUCAUAACGCACCAGGGUCAAGAAUUCAUGAUGUUCAAAGAUUAAUUAGUUCAGUAAAACUUUUAGUUAAUAUCUCAUCAACAUUGGAAAGAUUACGCCAACUUGCGAUUGUGAUUAAUGAUUUGGGUAUUAUUCUGUGUGAUCAAGAUUUUUGGGUAGAAGAACUGAUCAAUAAUUUGGAAGAUAAAGAGUUGUUGCUUUACCAAUUAUAUGAAGCUUUUGAUAAACUUAAUAAAAUUGAAAUGACAUUAUUAUUGACCAAUGAUAUUUGGUCAAUAAUUAAGGAAAUCUGUGAUUCAAAAGAUUUUAUAAUUUUCCUCAAGUCACUCGUUGGAAAUAAUCUUCAAAAUUUAAUUAAUGGUGUUGAUGAUCAUUCAGAUGAACGUUUAAUCCAAGAAAAUAUAGUCCAAACAUUUAUUCAAGUCAAACAGAUCUUGGAGCCUUUAUUAGAGGAGAGAGAAGGGGAUGAUAGGCAUUCAGCGGUUCAAGAAUUCUUUCAAAUUCUACAUAACAUCGUAAAUAGGAACCCAUCUCUAAUUUCCAAGUUACGGUUGUGUAAUGCAAAUGCCCAAGCGUUAAAAAAUUUGUAUAAUAAUAUUUCGAAUCGCGGUGAAGUGACAAAAGAAAAGAUUAUAUAUUCAGUGACUAAAGGAGUGUAUUUAUUUAAGAGAAUGGAAGACGAUGAAAAUAGAUAUACGGCAACAUUAUCAUAUACUUCUGACACUUUACAAGAAAGCAUUGCGAGUUAUACUUUUUCAGAUCUUCAAGAUUUACGUGGUCGUGCUUUAUUGAUAGCAAGGGCACCUUCCAAUACUUUCAUCAAUACGAAAACCAAUAAAAGUGUGAUCACGUCAGAUGAAAUCGCGCGAGAUAAUAUGAAUGAAUUUAUAGUUAGAGUUGAUCUCGCGCAAGAAAUAAUUGAUACUGCUUCAUUAUUAAAAGAGCUUGGACAUUUCAAGUACUAUGAUUUUGAAGCAUCUACGCGUUCUACUUCAGAUAUGGAAAAUUUGUUAAAUAUUUUGCUUGAUGAUUUGCGAGAUUGGAAGCAAAUUGUUGGUGAAGCACAACAAAACCAUUACUAUUUGACUUUUUUCCUAGCACAGCAUAUUUUGAAUUUUUAUUAUUAUUUUUCUUGCAAUGAAAAGAAUGUGACUACGCACUCUAAUAUCAACAGAGAAAAACAAUCUAUUUUCUCUAGAAUAGUCAAGAAUUUUUCGUAUAAUGAAAGUAUAGCAAGGCUUAAUAUUAAAGAAGAAUGUUCAGUACUCUUGAAAUCCGUUAAUGAUAAAGCUGAACUGCCAAAUAUUAACUCUGAUAUCCUUAAAAUCCCUCUUGAACCUAAAAAUUAUUAUGACAUACUUUGUAAGAUUGGUACAAUAUUACAUGAAAUCUUCAGUCGAAUUCUUAUCACGCAACGUCAAAUGACAGCCGCUGUUAAGUAUGACACAACAGAUGUGGUUUAUCAGGGACGUCUUUUCAUAGCGACGUGUAAUAAUAAAUUUCAAGUACCCAACAUUAUUAUGUCGUUGUAUAAUUCACAUAAUAAAUGUUAUCCGGAAGCAUGGCAAGUUCUAAUUUGUAAAUCUUCUACCACGACGGAAGAACUCUUAACUUUCACAAAACGAUGUUUUUUUGCCGUAAAGAAUGGAUACGAAAAGCACUUAUUUUGUAUUGCAAAUGUAGAAGUUUUGGAUUUCGAGUUGCAAUAUCAAUUGGUAUCAAACAUACGUUCCCUGUGUCAACAAGAAAAGACAUUCUAUUUGGCUUUAAUUUGUUGUCUUGAAAAUAAUAUGCACCAUCAUAUACUCGACCAAUUUUCAGAAAAUAUCCAUGCAACUCAAGGUUUUGAUGCAGAUUCAAUGCGCAACAUUUAUGAAGAAUUAUGUCCUUAUGUAUGGGUAGUUUCUUCUGAUUUAUCUGGACAAGGAAAGUCCAGGUGGAUUGAAAAACAAAGUUUAAAUCAUGGAUCGGUACCACGAAAAUUUUUAAUAAGUGAUGGAGUGACAUUUGGAAUGCUUGUACACAAAUUGUCAGAGAUGAGGUUAAAAAAUAUAGAGAAUCUACAUUUAAAUAUGAUGUUGAUAGAAAAUCAUUAUGAUGUAAACAUGUUUCUGUUUGAAUCUCUCUCAUUUAAAAUUGUAAGGGACAGAGCCAAUUUCUUAAGCAUUCCUUCAGCAUUAAUAUAUAUAGAAGUAGAAUCAACCUUGAAUCAAGAUUUAUUUAAUUCUAUUCCUAUUCUCGGGCAUUUAAAAAGAAAGCAUUUAACUUGGAGUAUCGACAAUACAAUUAUUCCUCAAGAUGUGGACAGUCCUAUUCAAAUUGUUUCUAGAUAUUUAGAUGCAUAUGAUUCUAAUCAAAUUAAUAUAGUUAAUAUCGAUCUCAAUAACGAAGAAUUGAUCCCUGAGAUACGUUGUCGGCAAUUAUUACAAAAAUAUUUUUUUGAUAAGAUUACUCAAGAUAUUAAAACUUAUCGUUUCCUUGAAAUAUUUGUUAAUGUUCUUUCGGAUCAAUUGAAGCGGAUGUCAUCUAGCGCAUUUUUUCGCGUUGAAACAUUAAACUGGAUGGAUGCAGACACUAAUAUCCGAAGAACAUUGUUAGAGACAUUAAUAAAAGUGUCCAUGGAUUUUGCAACGCGUUCGGUAAAUCCAAAGAAGGAUCAGUUCAAAAAUCUGGCCAAUGAGGAAAAGAACCUAAUUAACACAACUGUCAAACAUUGGGAAGAUUUAAACCAUUUACUAGUAUUUUUCUUAUCACAAUCUCCUGAUUCGAUCUGUGCACUUUACCACCAUAAAAGUAGAGUUCCAAAGAAUGUUGAAGAUUUGUUGAGAAGUCAACAUUUUUCUAGGGAUUCUGAUUUUAAAUUAGAUGACUAUGAUAAAAUGUCUUCAGAAGACAUCUUGAAGAAGUUGGAAUGUUUAGCACGAACAACAUGUGAUGAGCGUGAAUAUGCACCAUAUGCACUUUCAACAGAUAAUCUUUUAAAGAUGGCGCUGAUUUUAUUGCGAUCAAGGGCAAAUAUACCAGUGGUAAUUUGCGGUGAAGCCGGAUGCGGCAAGACAAGUCUAAUCCAAUUUCUUUCAAUUGUUGUUAAUGUCGAAUUAAGAAUUUUAAAUCUACAUGCUGGUGUAACCAAGCAUCAAAUAUUUGAAUUUUUAUCUGACGCAGAAAAAAUUGCAGAACAAAGUGAAAUAUGGCUAUUUUUUGACGAGAUUAAUACAUGUAACCAUAUUGGUAUUCUCGCAGACCUCAUCGCUCAUAGGCUACUUUUAGGCAAAGAGAUUCAUAAAAAUAUUAGACUGUUUGCAGCUUGUAAUCCUUAUCGUUUACGUCAAAAAGCUGAUACUCAAGCUGGACUUUCAGUAGAUAGAUAUGAGGAAAAGAACAGCCUUGUCUAUCAAGUACGGCCACUUCCUGAUCAAAUAUUAGAUUAUAUUUGGGAUUAUGGUGUUUUAAAACCUUCAGAUGAAAUGAUUCAUAUAAACAUGAUGACAAAAAAGUCCGAGGAAAAUUUAAAAAAUACUAAUUUAUUUACAGAACUUUUAUUUGAAUCACAAGAAUUUGUAAGGACCCAUGAAGGAGCGCAUAGUGUUAGUUUACGUGAUAUAAAAAGAGCAAUAAUCAUAUUUGAAUUUUUCCGCAAAAGUAUUGUGGAACGUCAAAAUAUAUCCGAAAAACUAUCUAAAACAAAGAAUAUUGGAUCUAAAAUUUUACGUACAGCAACUAAUAUAAAAUCAUAUUUUGAAAAACCAAAUAACAUUAUAAAAUCCUACAUAUUAGCAUUAAGCCUUUGUUACCAAGUCAGAUUUUUUGACCAAAAGUUGCGCAAUCAAUAUCAAGACAGAAUGUGUGAAAUUUUUGAAAAGCAUGGAGUAAAAAUAAAUUCUAAAACUUUUUCAGAAGUUAUUCAGGAUGAACAGAAAGAUUUUAUGAAACGUAUGAUAAAACCGAAUAUGGUUGCUGAGAACUUUGCUCUCCUCGAAAACGUACUCGCAAUUACUGUAUGCAUAUUAACGCGUAUUCCACUAUUUAUCAUUGGUGCCCCGGGAGCGUCAAAAUCCCUAGCUAUUCGUAUAGUUAGUCAAAGUCUCCGGGGUAAUGAUUCAGAUGACCCAUACUUUAGAACUCUUCCUCAAAUAUAUCUAGUUCAUUAUCAAGGGUCAUCAUCUUCGACAUCUGAAGGUAUUAUUACCGUAUUCAAUAAAGCAAAUAAAUAUCAGGAAGGCAACUCAGAGGAAUUUCCGCUAAUCACUGUUGUUUUACUUGAUGAAAUUGGAUUGGCCGAAAAAAGCCCUCAUAAUCCAUUAAAAGUUUUACAUUCUUUACUCGAACCAAAUUAUCCUGCAGAGCUUCCAGAAGUUGCAGUUAUUGGAAUAAGUAAUUGGAGACUUGAUAAUUCUAAGUCAAGUAGAGCUUUAUUAGUACAGAGACCAAACCUUGAAAGCAAAGACUUAAUUUACACGACAAAACUAUUAUUGGGAGAGUGUACAGAAUUGCAAUUUAAAGCUUUAGUUGAUGCUUAUCUUGAAUAUAGAAAAAUUCAACCUAUUAAUAAUUUUCAUGGGCUUCGAGAUUAUUAUUUCUUGGUUAAAAGCCUUGGUAGUGGAGAGAUCGCACAAAUGGCGUUAGCAAGAAACUUUGGAGGAACUAGUCAAAUGGAUGAGCUUUAUAAAAUUCAUUUUAGUAAAGUCAUAAAAGCAUUUCAUGGUCCUAUUGAUAGUUUCAAUAAUUAUUCAAUAGAAGAUCUCAUUAAAGCAAACCUAAAAGAUAAAAACUCACGUCAUUUAAUGAUUAUUGGAAAAAGUGAUUCAAUUGUUAAUGUCUUGUCAUAUAAAUUAAAACAAUGGAAUAACGACCCUAAAUUUAAUGACACAAAUUUUGAUUUGGAACCAGUUGUUAUUUAUGGUAGUCAAUUUCCCAAUGAUUUUGGUGGUGAUUACCAGUAUAGUGUAUUAAGCCGUAUUAUGAUGUGUGUGGAAGCAGGAAGGCCAUUGAUUUUGACAGAUCUUGAUAUGAUCUAUGGAAGUCUUUACGAUUUAUGGAACCAAAAUUACAUAACCGUAGGAAAGGAAGGAAGUCAAACAUUUUAUACACGUGUUGCAUUGGGUGCAUAUUCAAAUCCUAUGGUCUGCGUCCAUAACAAUUUCCGUUGUAUAUUAGUUCUUGAUGAAAAAAAAGUUGAUUUUUCAGACCCGCCUUUAUUAAAUCGAUUUGAAAAACAAACCAUGUCUAUCAAUGAUGCAAUAGACGAUAACAUGAAAGGGUUAUUAAAUAAACUUGCAGAAUGGUCAAACCAGAUUUCAAAUAUAGAAGCCAGAUCAGCAAAAUUCAAUGAGAAUGAUAUUUUUAUUGGAUUCGAUAAGGAAGAAACAUUGCAAAGUCUAGUAAUUUACAAUAGCAAUGAUCCAGAGUUAGAUGACGAAACGAAAAUUUUGCACAAGUGCAAAGAAAUGUUGAUAGGCAUAGCCAUGCCGGAUGGAAUCGUGCGCUCAAAAAAAUCAAUGUUAAGUAAUAAAGAAGUAGAUUAUUGGUAUAAAUUCUAUUUUGAACAGCAACAUCAUGAAGACUUCCCUGGCUAUAUUGAAUCAUUGUUGGAAGGUGCUAAAAAUGCACAAGGCUUUAAUGCAAUUGUUUACACAUUCUCAAGCAUUAACACUGAUGUUGAAUCUUGCUUAAAUAAUAUUCUAAAGUGUCAGGUUGAUAAACUCUCAACAUUCAAAAGUGAGGCCCAAUUCCAGUCCCGUAUUAAACAUUUCUGGUUAGAAUCCAAAGCUGAUAUUUUAAUUUUACAAUGUGAUCUGAAUUCAUCAAACUCAGAAUGUAUUAAACUUGCAAAGUUUAUUAUUGAGCAAUAUAAAAAUGAAUUCAUGGCGAGUAAAUAUUCUGCCACACAGGUCAAACAUGUUUGCAUAAUGCUUCAUUUGAGAAAAGAAAAUGCGACCUCAACAAUAUCAUCAUUUAAUUUCAUGUGUGGAUGGGAUCUAUUUUCUAUUGAAACAUUAAUACCUCAAGAGUUUACUAUUGAAGAUUAUUUAGAUAAAGAUUUGAUAAAUGUCUUGGAAACGGCAUAUACAUUCGAGAAAGUCAUUGAUCGUGAGUUAUUAUGGUGUUUGCUUUGCAUGGAAUUUCCACCAUCCUAUGAAUCGGCUGAUUAUAUUAGAUCACUUGUUCAAAAAAUUCCGCGUCAUAAGGAGUUCAUGAAUUGGAUAAAGGAAAGAGCAUUUGAGUGGCUACGUGAUAAACAAUUCAAGGACUGGCAAUUAAGCGUGGCAGUAAACAGAGAAGAUUUAUAUCUGUAUUCUUCGUUCUUAACUGCUUUACAAGUGUUUAUUUGUAAUCAGGUUAGAAAACCUGUAGCUCAACUCUUAUUUGCCUUGGAAAAAGUGUCAGGACUCUUAAUUGUUGAUAGUGAUAACUUAUUAAAUGAGGAAGGGAUAAAUGAUAAGGCUACAUCUAAUUUAUUCGAUUUCUGGAAACCGAUAAUUAUGAAUACCGAAAUAGUCAACGUUGAGAAUAUAAAGAUGCCUUAUAGAAUAAAAAACAAUUCUAAUGGUUUGAAACUUCCAUUUUCAAUUUAUUUUAUGGAACAGAUUAAUAAAUUUAAAAGCAUAUACCAAAAUGAUUUAAUGAUGUUAGAAAGAGUUCCAGAAAACCUUGAUAAAGAAACUGGUAAUCUCAAAUCACAGAUUAUCGAUGAAUGCAUUGAAAGAUUUUCUGAGCACGUGAUUUCCAUGGUUCCUGUGUUGAAAAUACCACUGUUUAAAUUGCAAAAUGCAUAUUUUAAUGAUUUUACGACUAUCAUUUUGCAUGGAAAAACCGAUAAUAGCAAAAUUUUACGCAGGAUUAUAUCUCAUCAUAUGAAGCAAAAAGUACCGGAUCCCAUAAGACUUCAUACAUUUUGGUGGAGCAAUGAAGAUUUAAUCUUGACUGAGUUGCAAUUACUUUUAUUACUUCAAAGCAUUUCGAAAGAAGAAAUUCUCAAUACAGCAUUUGAUGAAAGCCGAGAACUUAAUAUCGAUAAUGACUUAUUAAGCCGUGUAUCACGUAUUAUGAUUGAUGAACUUGUUUAUAUUGACGAUAAUGAUUGGGAUGAUAAAAAGGGCACACUUUACUUAUUUACUGGUACACGUCGUUCCCGUAGAUCUUAUCACAAGAGUAAUUCACAUCACGUGAAAAUUAAACUUCAAGCUUGGCAACGUGAUGCCGCAAAGAUUUCGUUAAUUUCUUGCAGCCUACCAAAUUCAUCCGACAAUCAAUUAUUAAAUGUACUUCGAAUAUAUAAUGACUUGUCUAAAUCUAUUUCUUAUACACAACUGCUUCAAAUUAAGCAUGAAAUGAAUCUGCUUUCAAAGCAAUCUAUUGAUUUUGUUUUCGAAAAGCUUGAUCAAAUAGAGCAAACAGAAGUUAGAUUAUCUUCAAGGCAAUCCUUUAUUUAUAGAUGUUUGAACACAAUUUCACUUAAGUCACCUAUCCGUCGCUAUCUUUAUAAAAAAAUAUUUUCACAAGAAACAUUAUCACUUGCUUUCCCUAAUAUUUACCUAAUUCUUGAGUCCGAAAAUAAAGAACAAGAUGGAUCAUUGUUCUUUAAUCUUAUUAAUGGACCACAGGUACUAAAUAGUACAAGGCGGCUACAAACCAUUGAAAAUAUCUUAUCGAAACGAAAGAACUCAGAAAUAGCUGCUUUAUGUUGUGAUGUUAUUCAGACUCAGCUCUCCACAGAAUAUCAAUUUAAUGUACUGUCUAAAUAUUUUCUGAAAGCAACAGAUAUUUUGAUUAGCAACGAUUCCAAAGAAUUACAAAAAAUUACUGCCAUUGCUCUUUUAAAAGAAUUUGCAAAUGAAUUUUGGAAUAACAAAGAAUCAAUUAAUCUUGAUGAUUUAAAUAAAUGUUUGGAAAUCGUACAUCCUUUAAUCCAUUCAUUUAAAAUAUAUUUGCUCAAGUCCUUAUAUUUAAAAGGAUUAGUGACUUAUGAAAUUGAACAAUAUUGUGAUGCAUUACAACAAGUUUUACCUUGGGUCAGAAUUUUAAAAACCGAUUCAAAUAGUCGUCUUGGAUUUAAUCCUUAUUGGUACUUUAACGAAUUUAAACAAGUUGAUUGUUUUUAUAAAAUAAUUUCUUAUAGUGAUGAGUUGACUGCAAAUAAUUUGUUAAAUAUAAUUAUUGGGGAUGGUGAGACGACUCAAAAAAUUUUAUUAGCAGGGAUGAUAAUAUCAAACUUUUAUCUUAUAAGAUCAUCACGUGAAUUGAAUCAGAACGAAAAGAUUUUAAUGCGAAGGAUUUCUAAAUUUCUAAAAUCAUCUCAACUUCCAGAGAAUUAUAAAAUGUAUCUUUUAAAUUUUAUGGAAAAUAAUCAUCAACUAUAUAAACUAAAUCCAAAUGUUAAAAGCACUGUUGUAUUUAUUUCCUCAGUUGUUGCUCAUGUUGUAGCAUUGCAUAUUUCAAAUCCUAUUAGUUCAUCUCCUCUAACCGGAUAUAUGCAAGCAUUAUAUGACCACAAAGAUACUUAUAUCGUGACUUGCCCAUCAGAUGAAUUGGCUUUAGUAACAAAUGUCAUAAUAGCAAAUGAUUCGGGAACAAGAAGAUAUAAAUGUAAAUGCGGAAAUAUUUAUUUUAUCGGUAAUUGUGGGCGUCCAGAUCAGAUUGGUACAUGUAAUCAAUGUAAAAAUAUGAUUGGCGGGUAUAUAAUUGAAGAUAUGUUUGAUGAAUAUCAUUCUCUUAGGACCUUAAAUCCAGCUUCUUACAGAAUUCUUCAUCUGUUCUUACACAUAAUUAUUGGCAUUCAAGCACACUCAUCAACCACUAUCGCUUUUAUUAAUGAUCCAAAUAGCAAUAUUGUUCAAUAUUGCAGGAAACAUAUUGAGAAUGACUGGAAGGCAUUAAAAAGUAUUUUUAAUUGCGAAGAUGAAACUUUAGCGUUGUUCAUUCAUGCCAUACUUUCAGAUAUGUCACAAGAAUCUUCUCAAAAUAUUGAAAAGUUUGUAUCACCAGCUCAAAGAGAAUCUUGGGAAGAAUAUUUUAAUCAGAAAUAUGUUUUACCAAAGAUCAAGAACUUUAUUGGAACUGCUAAUAAUUUUCGAAUAACGUUAGAUAAAAAUGCAGAAAAGUCUGUUGAAAUUAAUGAGACUAUGGAAGUUGAUGAUCAUUACAAUGAUAACUAUUCACCUCUACUAUGGAGAUUAAUCGAAAAACCAGAUUUAGACAACCUUAAAUCAUACUGUAUGUCUAAUAUUGAAAAUAAAGAAGCAUUUCCGUUACUAUAUAUAUUCUUGAAACAUGAAAAACAUCUGAAUCUUAUACAACUUCUUUUACCAAUUGUGAAAUUUACACAAAUAAUAUCUUCAAGACUUUCUAAUAUAAUUGAAAGGCAAAGGGCACGUGAUUUGACUUUUCAACAAUUUAUAAUAGAUGAAAGUAAAGGUGAUGAAAGUGGAACCACAGAAGAAUUUUUAAAUACGGCAUUCAAUAGCUUUGCGGACUCAUGGAACCGUUUAAUUCCUUAUAUCAAACGAUAUCAAUGUAAAGAUUUAUCACAAGAAAUGCCAAAAAUAGAUGAUAAAGCUCCAAUAAUUUAUGGAUUAUAUGAACCAGCAGAUGAAUCUUUAUAUCUAUGCGCAACAAUAGAAUUCUUGGUCCAAUUGCAAAACGAUUUUCUAAAUGAUAUUAUGGAAGUUUCUUGUGGAACUUGCCAAUCAUUAAAAUUCAUUGAAGAAUCUGAUGUUCAAACAGGCAGAUAUUGCCUACAAUCUAUAAAUCUUGAAAAUUUAAAAUCAGAACAAAUAAUUAAAUAUGAUGGUAUUUCCAAUGUUUUUAUAUAUUGUCAACAUGAUCUUAGGCUAGGCCAUGGCAGAGAAAUCCAUUAUGAUCUAUACAAGAUCGAAGAUGAAUUGGCUCAAGAAUUAGUGUACGGAAAAAAAUUGAUCAAAUCAAAUAAAGACCAAAUGUAUUUGAAUACAUUUAUAUAUCAUAAAGAAUUAUUUAGUAGAUCUAUGACAAUAUUAGAAGAAAUCAAAAUUUUGAUACGUCAAGAACCAAUUCCUGUUGAUAAUAAACCAGAAAUAUCAGAAAAUCAAAUGGAAUUACUUUCUGCUUUAGAAAUAAUUAUUUGUUUCUUAAAACAAACGUCUGGAGGAGAUGGUGAUACAUUAAUUAGUGAUUAUAUAGAAAAUUGGAUGAAGUUAGGUGUGAAAAAAGAAAGAUGUUAUAAAUUAUUAAGAAGAACAAGGUUACAACUUAAACACAUCGUAGCAUUGUAUGAAUUAGUUGAAGAGCAUGUUGCUGAUACAUUAAUAGUCGCCAAAUGUAUAUCUUCAAAGUAUAAGGCUGAAUUAGAUGAAUCUAUAAAGCAAAUUAUUUCAGAAGCAAUAUAUUUUGAGCAAUCCAAUUCCGGAAAAUCUGCAAAGAUUUCUGCAGAUGCAUUCUUGAUUGCUUUGAAAAGACUUAUCGUAAGAUAUUUGUCAAUUAACAGUGAAACCAUUAAAGAAGAUCUUCCUCUUUGUGAUUAUAUUGGAGACGAUGAUAAUUCUCUUGGAUGUUGGCCUGAUUAUGUUUCUAUGGAUAUCAUAAAAAAUAGAUUUCCAACCGUUUUGUUAACCUCACAUAUAUAUAAUGUAUACCAAUUUGUUAAAGAGAAAAAAAGCGCCAACUUUCAAGAAAGUCAAACAACAAAUAAUUAG